CUGUAGGCAAAACAUGAAAGAUAGAUAGUAUUUUUAUAAACAACCCCAUUUAUUCAAAAUAUUAGGAUCGAUCAAAAUAUCAAUUCAUAAUUAUUUUUGAAGAAAAGAUCAGAUUUUGAGUUCAGGCCUUUCCCUGCAAAAAAUUGUUAGUUCAUGUCCAAUCGUAGGUCGUCAUGUUUUUGUAGGCGCAUAGACAGUGCGGGUUUUUUUUUUUUUCAUUUAAGGGUGAUAUUUGCACUCUAAAAUAUUUGGAAUCUAAACAAUAUUUCUAGCAUGAGUUUUGCCCGAGGGAUUUUUUUGGAUAGUAUAUACCCCUAUAAAAUCGUUUGGCAUUGUAAAUCUCACGCUCUGUCGGCUUAUCAGCCAGCAGGAGAGGGAGAGGGAGAGGGAGAGGGAGGAAGGGAGAAUGGCUGUGAACUCUCCUUUAUCUGCACAAAACCUGUCCUUUCUCCACUCUCUUCAAAUCCCUAGAAAUUUCGCAGUUCCAUGUCUCUGCAAAGCCCCAGAAAAUGGACAUAGAAAGCCAGGAAACUCGUUUCGCAUUUGUCUUUGCAAAACCCUGGAAAGCCCUCAAGCGCGAGGCCCUGUUUCUCAGAGAACUCCUUCUUCGACAUUGAUUUCUGAUUCUUCAGUCUCCAAUGGCACUGGUGCGGCAGAGCCUAGCAGAGGUGAGAAGUUUUUGCAGCGGCAGAUGGCCAUGGCUGUUAUUGAUAAGACUAAGAAGAAGAAGAAGAAGGUGGAAAAGUCUAGGGUUUUGAAUUCAGCCUUGGUUUGUUGCUAUGGUUGUGGAGCUCCAUUGCAGGUUGAAGAGGAAGAUGCUCCUGGUUAUGUGAAUCCCGAGACUUAUGAAUUGAAAAAGAGGCAUCACCAACUUCGAACUGUUCUUUGCAGGAGGUGUAAGCUAUUGUCGCAUGGGCACAUGAUUACUGCAGUUGGUGGAAAUGGUGGUUAUUCUGGUGGUAAACAAUUCAUUUCUGCUGAGGAACUUCGAGAAAAGUUGUCGCACCUACGUCACGAGAAAGUUUUGAUAGUGAAAUUGGUUGAUAUUGUUGACUUCAAUGGGAGUUUCUUGGCACGUAUACGUGAUUUAGCUGGUGCAAAUCCAAUUAUUUUAGUCAUAACAAAGGUUGACCUCCUUCCCAAAGGGACUGAUAUGAAUUGCAUCGGCGAUUGGGUUGUGGAGGCCACUAUGAAGAAGAAGCUUAAUGUUAUGAGUAUCCACUUGACCAGUUCAAAGUCUCUAGUGGGAAUUUCUGGAGUUGCAUCGGAGAUUCAAAAGGAGAAAAAGGGUCGAGAUGUGUACAUUCUGGGUUCGGCAAACGUUGGAAAGUCUGCAUUCAUAAAUGCUUUGCUGAAAAUGAUGGCACAAAGGGAUCCAAUUGCUGCAGCAGCAAGGAAGUUCAAGCCCAUGCAAUCUGCUGUUCCUGGAACUACUCUUGGUCCUAUUCAAAUUGAUGCUUUUCAAGGAGGGAAACUCUUUGACACUCCUGGAGUGCACCUCCACCACAGGCAAGCAGCAGUUGUCCAUUCUGAGGAUUUGCCUUCUCUUGCCCCUCAAAGUCGCUUGAAGGGGCAUACACUUCCUGCCUUGGAUGUGAAAAGUUCAAAUCAAGAGGGAGACGGCAGCUUGAAUGGGAUUUCCAUAUUCUGGGGAGGGCUGGUCAGGAUUGAUGUUAUAAAGGUUCUUCCACAGACACGUCUUACUCUGUAUGGACCCAAAGCAUUGAAGGUUCAUGUAGUUCCCACUUCCAAAGCAGAUGAGUUCUACCAUAAAGAGCUUGGAGUUGCAUUGACACCACCGUCCAGCCCAGAGAAGGUGAAAGACUGGCCAGGGCUUCAGAUGGUUCGCCAUUUGCAAAUAAAGCUGGCUGACUUAAAGAGGCCUGCAUGUGACAUCGCCAUAUCUGGUCUAGGGUGGAUAGCUGUGGAACCCAUGAGUUCGAUUAUAGAACAUGAAGUAAUCGAGAGUGUUUCAAAAGAAAACUACGGGGAAUUACAUUUUGAUGUUCACGUCCCAAAGCCUGUUGAGAUUUUUGUGCGCUCCCCUUUGCCUGUGGGAAAGGCCGGAGGGGAGUGGUAUGAGUUCCAAGAAUUGACAGACAAGGAAGACGAGUCCAGGCCAAAAUUGUACAUUUAAGUCGUUUACCAAUUUUGAUAAAAGUUAUCAUCUAGUAAAGAAAGGAACAUUUUGUAGUGUAUUGGAGCCUCAUGUCUCACUUGUUAUUGUGUACGUUAUGGUAUAAUCCCAAAUUUUGAUAAA